UUUACUUCGAAUCUCUUAAACAGUAUGUCGAAAUCGGGUUCAUCAUUUUAUGCUGUGAGGCGAGGAAGAGUCCCCGGCAUUUAUAAAACCUGGUAUGCGUGUGUGUCUAUAAGUCAUAAGUAUAACAUUAACUUUAACAUUUUGAAGUGGCCCUAAGACACCGGUUUCAAUUCAAGUAAUGACCUAGAAUUGACGUUGUAAUUUUCACACACACAUAAAUUUUAAAAAAUUGGUGUUAAACAAACAAAUUAUUAGUCCUAUUACAACAACAUACUUAACACUUAAAGUCUUAACAGUUACAGUCCUGCAUUGGCAUUGGUGAAACAAUUCAUGGUAAACCUUUGUUGGGUGCGCCAUUCAUUUCCUAUGGUGGCCAUCUUGAUUGUCGAUGGUGGCUGCAUAAAAAAAAGUAGUGCAGACAUACGUUUGCUAAAAUGGGGAGGGGAAAUAGUGAGAAUGUUUUGUUUUAGCUACUUACAUUUACACAGUUAUUACAUAGAAAAAUUAAACGUUAAAUUUUAAUUAAAUAAUUUCAGCCAGUACAUUAUUUCAUUUUAUACACUUUGGUUAGAAAAGUGGAUAAAUGAAGGAAAGCAAUACAAAACGUGUUUAAAAUAAUGAAAACCCAACUAACAGUCUCAUAGAAUAAACUUUUACACAUUUUAUUGCAUCUUCUUCUUCUUAGCCGUUUUCACUCCGAAUGGAGCAUAAGCCAUCCACAACACUUUUCCAUCCGUCCCAGUCUAGGGCUAUCUUUGCUAGUUCAGCCCAGCUUUUCUUCAUUCUCUUCACCUCUGUCUCUACUCCCUUCUUCCAUUUGGUUCUUGGCCUUGCUCUUUUUUCUCUGGUACCUUGAGGAUUCCAGUUCAGGGCCUGUCUUGUGAUGUUAGUGUUCGGUUUCCUUAAUGUGUGCCCUAUCCAUCUCAAUUUUCUCAUUUUUAUCUUUGUUUCCACCGGAACGCUUGAUGUUCUCUCCCAAAGGACAGUGUUACAAAUUUUGUCAAACCAUCUUAUUUUGAGGAUUCUUCGCAAGCAUCUGUUUAUAAAAACCUGCAGUUUUUUAAUGUUUGUUUUUGUUGUUCUCCAAGUUUCACAGCCAUACAGAAGAAGUGUCUUGACAUUUGAGUUGAAUGUUUUUAACUUUGUUUUUGUCAGUAUUUCACUUGAGUUCCAGAUGUUUCACAGGGCAUUGAAUGGUCCUCUGGCCUUUUGGACCCUAGAUUUAAUGUCCUCAUCUGUGCCACCAUUUUUAUUUAUGAUGCUUCCCAGGUAUUUAAAAGUCUCAACUUUCUCAAGAGAUGCUCCUCUCAGAUUAAUUCCAAUGACUCCAUCAUCCACUGCAUUUAUUCUUAAUGUCUUGGUUUUCACUUUAUUUAUAAUUUAUGCAAAGUCCAGAGUUCCCACGCAUUUGGGAAUUCAUUGAAUAAUAUUCCUGGUCAUAAAAACCGGGAAAGUGGGUCUUCUAGUAAGGAAAAUUUCCAGCUAGUUGGAAUUUUUUAAAUCGUAAAAAAGAAUAAUAAAUUAGGAUUCCAUGAAAAUCGACGUUAAUCGUCAAUCUCGUCUGUUUUUAGCCUUUCAAAUGAACUUUCCCAAAAUGCUAGUGGUUUCCCCUUAACUGUGGAUGCGUUUGGAUCAAAACUUUUAUUCAUACAGUACUACUUUGACUUUGAUAGACCAGAAAUAUUUAUUUUCUGUUCAGUUCGCCAAUCAAGAGGUUUGCGUAAGUAAAUGUAAAAUAAAAUUAUUUAUUUGAAUCUAGUUUAUAAUUGUGAGGUAGCUAUUGUAAAUAUAAAACUAUUUUUAAUGGUUUUACUGUAUGUAGGCGUAAAUUAAAAAUAUCAUCGCUAUGCCUAAUUCGAAUUAGCAAUUCAAUAAUAGUAAUAAUAGAAGAUUUUGGCUAUAACAAAAACAUUGCAGUGUAUUUUUUUAUUAGUGCUAGGCCUUCUAAAUUUAAAUAGGCUAAAAUUAAGUAAUUUUGUGAUACUAUGUUUCGUAGCGUAGUUUACUAGUUUAAGUUUACUCUAUGGCUGACUUCGGAACUUAAUUUAAAAUUUAUUAAAACUAGUUGAUUUGAUUCAAACAUUCAGUGAGCCUGACAUAACUGUAUAUAGUUAGACUUCAUUUGUGCUCUAGGUAUGCUUUUUUACUUUUCGGUAUUAAUAGUAUUAUUACUAUUAUUACAUAAGCACAGUGGCGUAGGCAAAGGGGUUUUUUUUUGGUGGUGGUGGUUUAACUUUGGAGACCAAGGCCUGCGGAAAAUCCUGACACUAAUGUCAUUUCAUAUGUGAUAUGCCUAUCUUAGUAUUUCUUCUGACUGUGUAUUACUGUACCGGUAGUUUAGUACGGUUAUAAUAUAGUCUAUAUGAUGUAUGCUUUACUAUUAAUUAUAAACUUAAUAAGACAAUAUAUUUUAUUUUGUUUCACUGUUCAGGAUCUAGGCCCCUAAAAUAAUGCCCAACAGUUCCUUUAAAAACUGAUGGUCAUACAGCAAUUAUGAUAAUGUUUAAACAAGUCAUCACUGCUACACUAUGUUAGAAAUAUUGAUAUCAAGUAUUCUAGGGGGAAAUGUUUAAAAAUUUCAAUCAUCUGAUGAAACAUCUUGUCUAGUUCAACUUCAGCUUAUCACCUUUCAUAGGUGUCCACUUCUGCAACGUCUCAGUCAAGCUCCCAAUUUAUGUGUCAAAAUAUGAAAACCUGAUUGGAGAGAGUGUCCAUUAAACUAUCCAUUUUCAUUGCAAGAAGAAAACGUUAACUCCAUAUAAGAAAAUGUGAUUUUAACUUGUGGUAGCUAUAAAUAUGUUCUAAAUUGCCCUGAAGAACAAAUUGUAGAAGUUUCCCUUGCACUUAAAAAGUAAACAUCAACAAUAUUUCCAGUCUAAGUAAAUUAAACACUUGCAAUUGCUAGGAAAUUUAAACAAUAUUUACUUGUCUACACUAAAUGCACCUUUAUUGCUUAAUUUUGUUCAUUUGUGUUGCAUUUCAAUGUUGCUUUAUUUUGUCAAUUUCAUGGUUGUUUUUAAAUUAUAAACAAAAACACUGUAUUGCGAUAGUCGGGAAUUUUGUAGUUUUCAAUUGGGAAAAGGUAGGGAAUUUUGUUUUUAAAAAAAGAGUGGGAACCUAGUAAGUCCAACUUGCUGCAAUACAGAGUCAAGUUUUGUUGUUUUCUCCUGCAUUUAUUUCUGGCUAUGUGAUAAAAGUGCAAUGUCAUCUGCACAUUCCAAAUCCUCCAACUGUCUGAAAGGCGUCCACUGGAUUCCAUUUUUCCCGUCCUGUGUUGUUUCUCUCAUGAUCUAGUCAAUGGAUAACAGAAAGAGGAAUGGUGAGAGCAGGCAUCCCUGUCAAACUCCAGAUUCUAUCAUAAAUGGGUUUGUGAGUUCACCCUCAUGCAUUAUUACUACCGGGGCUAUUAAGAGAUUUUUGGAUGUAAUCCAUAAUCCAUGAAAACUAAGACUCCAAAGGUCUGGCAUUCGGCGUGCUCCCCGUGAAGUCACAAAUCUUAAUGAGAACUAAUAAAUCCCUGAUAUGGCUAAGAGAAUUCACUUAUCUUAUCUUAUAACCCCACAACUCAUAUUCUUGUAUGUGUUCUUAAUUAAGUUAGUUAGCUUUUGGGAAUACCAUAAUUUCUUAGUAGUUUCCAGAGUGUAUCUCUGUCUAAGCUAUCAAAUGCCUCUUUCGAAGUCGACAAAAUGUAGGUACAAUGAUGCAAUCCACUUCAAGUACUGCUCUAUGAUUUUGCGCAGGGUUGCAAUUUGGUCAGUACAUGGUCUGUUUUCUCUAAAACCAGACUGUUCAUCUCUUAGUUUGGAGUCUAUUGCUUUUUUCAUUCUCUGCAGAAUAAUUCUAUUUAGUAUUUUUCCUGGUACAGAAAGCAGCUUGACUCCUCUAUAGUUUCCACACGCUUGGAGAUCUCCUUUCCUUGAAAGUUUGUCCGAGUAUCCUUCGCUCCACUCCAUGGGUAUCUCUUCUUUGUCUAAGAUGGUCACAAUUAGCUGGUAAAGUAUGCUUGAUGACAGUUCCAAGUCUAUCUUUAGUACUUCUGAAUAAAAUGAGUAAAACAGAGUAGGGUUAAACCUGAAAAAUAAACGCAACAAAACAGCGAACGUGUCGGCAGAAAGCCUUCAUCAGCGAACAAAACAACAGAAAAAAGCGGUAUAAAAUAAAAAGAAGAAAUAGCACUUAGCUGGUAAGUAGUAUCUGUGGGCAGCAAUAGAAGUGUGGCAGAAGGAAAGUGAGUGAGAGUUUAAAUAUGCAACAGCGAAAAAAAGGGGGAGAAAAAAGUUCACUGUGAUAGGUCAGAACGUGGAGGGGCGGAGCUAGGGUCAAGCUGUGAACAGAGACAUAACAUUAAUCCCAUCUGGUGUCAAAGUGCCGUAAGUCAGGAUAAGCCUGUGUUCCAAAUUGACCCAGCUGUCGGUGUUCGUGCUAGCCACAAUCGCACUUAUUGAAAAGUCUGCCUUGCCCUGGUGGUCGCUAGUAUUGAAGUGUUUGGAGACGGGACACUGUUUAUCUUGUGUGAUGUUUCAGAGGUGUUUAGGUACACCUGUCAGAGAGACGGCGUCCAGUCUCCCCUAUGUACGUCAUCUGACAGCGGGUGCAGACAAUGGCGUAGAUAACGUUGCGGCUUGUACAGAGGAAACCGUCGCGUAUCUGGAAACUGCCCUUAGGGAAACGUAUGUGAUGAGUCUGGACGACAAGGGCAAGUGUUGCAAGGGCUGCGUCCACACGGCUUGGUCCCAAAGUGGGAGGGGGGAGCAUUGAUACGACUGCGCACGAGGAGGUCUCUCAGAUUUUUAUCCCGUCUGAAAACAAUGAGAGGUGGUGAAGAGAAAAUUUCUCGAGUGUCGGUGUCUGCGAGUAGUAAAGAUCGAUGUUUAAGGAAAACACGAUAAGCAAUCAGAUUGUGAGUGAGAUAAGUUAUAAUGAGUUUUUUCCUGUCAGCAUUGUCACUCAGACAUGGUCUGAAGGCAUCAGCACGUGUAAUAUUCUUAACCUUUUGGAGGGCUGAUGAAAGUACUGUCUCCGGGUAAGACCUACACCUGAAAAAGUCUAUCAUUUCAAGUGCUUUGUCCCAAAAGUCAUCAUCUGAAGACGAAGUAAUUGAGAGAAAGGAAUAGAGUCUUUACAGGAUUUAGGGUGGGAUGAAGAGUAGAGUAGAUAGCUGUGGCUGUCAGUGGGCUUAAAGUGGGCAGAGGUGAGUAGGGUGUCUUUGUGAAGAGUGACUGUAAUGUCUAAGAAAUUGACUGAGGUCUCAGAGAUAAGAGAUGUGAAUUUAAUGGAGGGGUGAAAGGAGCCUACAAAGUUAAUGAACAGGUCAAGUUCACUCCUCUCCAUAGUGGUGACCCCUAUACCAUCAUCUAUGUACCUCUUAUAGAAUUCAGGGAGGUGUCCAGUAUAGCUGCUUUCGACCAUGUGUUCGAAAUGCCCCAUGAACAAGCAAGCAUAGCUGGGUCCCAUUUUAGUCCCCAUAGCAACACCACUGAUUUGGUUUGAAGAAUUUGCCACCAAACUCAAACGAAUUGAGGGUGAGGACUUGUUCCGCCAAUCUGAGGAGGGUUUUGGUGGGUAUAGAUGGGUGGGGCCUUUAGUUUAGUACUUCUGCAAGUAUUCCAUCAGGGCCAGCAGCCUUUCCAUUUUUCAAUAGUUUGAUCGCAUUUUUAAUUUCUGUUCUGUUGGAUACAUUGCAAUCAAUGAAUAGAUCUUCUGCAGGUAGAAUUUCAGGUAGUUCUUGUGGGGCUGGCCUGUUCAGUAGUUCUUUGAGAUAUUCUAGCCAUCUUCUCUUUUGUUUAUCUUUGUUGGUUAGUUUUUUCCCCAGUUUGUCUUACUUUUAUUGGCCUGCUUUGCUGAUGAAACUUUCCUGUCAGUCUCUUUGUUGCAUUGUACAGGUCCCAUUAGGUUACCUUUUGAUGCAGCCUCCUUAGCAAUGUCAUCAAUAAAUCUCCUUUUAUUUUUCCUGAUGUUCUUUUUAACCUCUUUAUUUGCAUUUGUGUAGUUAUCAAAAGCAGUCCUCUUGUUUUGCUCUCUAAAUAAAUUACCUUCUUUCUUUUCCUCUCUUCAAUUUUGUAUAUUGUUUCUUUUGAGAACCACUCCUUAUAAUGAUAUUCUUUCUUCCCUAAUACUUCUUGGCAUGUGUUCGUCCAAAUCUCUCUAAUAUGCCGCCAUUGAUCUUCUAUCUUCAAUUAUGUUCUCGAGCUGUUGCAGAGCCUCAAAUCUGUUUGAUAGGUUUAUUCUAAACUCCUCUUUCUUUUCAGGAUCUUUAAGCAAAUCUGUGUUAUGGCGCUAUAUUUUCUUUUCGAUGGUGUUCUGUCUUUUAAGUUUUAGCAUUACUUUCGCUAUCACCAAGUUAUGGUCAUAUGAAACGUCUGCUCCUCUAUGGGCUUUAACAUCUUGCAGUGAGUGUCUGAACUUUUUAUUGAUACAUAUAUGAUCAAUCUGGUUUUGGGUCUCUUGAUCUGGUGAUAUCCAGGUCACCUUAUGGAUCUUCUUGUGUGGAAAUAUGCUUCUUCCUAUUACCAGGUGAUUAUUUGCACAAAAGUCUGCAAACAUCUCUCCGCUUCAUUCAUGUUUCCUAAUCUGUGUCUUCCCAUUACUUCCUCAUAACUCGUAUUAAUGUUUCCUAUUUUUGCAUUGAAGUCCCCCAUGAUAAUGUUAAUAUUCUUGUCCCUCACACUUGAAGCAACAUUCUGAAGUUUUUCAUAGAAGUAGUCUUUUAUUUUCUCCUCUUUGUCAUUUGUUGGUGCAUAAAUUUGGAUGAUGUUUAGGUUGAUGUCUUUCUUGAAAGUUUUAAAGACUGCUCUUAUUUUCAUGGGUCCCUCAGGCUGCCAUUCAGUCAGAGCCUUCUUUGCAACACGUGACACUAUCAGGGCUACGCCCUUCACUGUGUAUGGCAUCGUCUUCUUCAUGACCAGAGUAUAAAAUGGACUCUCUAGAUGUUAGUUUAGCAGAUCCAUUUCCUCUCCAUCCUGCCUCACUCAUUCCUCAGAUGUCUACUCUGUAUUUCCUCUGUUCCAUAGUUACUUGUUUUAUCUUCUCCUCCUCCCACAUCGUUCUAACAUUCCAGGUGCCAAUCCUGGAACUUUUCCUCAGCGUCAGACAGGAAUUCGGCAAGUCAGUUCCCUUAUGGGUUUGAUUAACCUGUGUCAUAAUCCCUUUAUAACAGCGGUUCUCAACCUGUGGGUCGCGACCCCUUUGGGGGUCGCGGGACCCUUUUCCAGGGGUCGCCUAAGACCAUCUGAAAACAUAUAUCUUUACAGCUAUGAAGUAGCAACGAAAAUAAUUGUGUGGCUUGGAGGUCGCCACAUCACGAGAAACAGUAUUAAGGGGUCGUGGCACUAGAAAGGUUGAGAACCACUGCUUUUUAAGGACCCAUCCUCUAUGGGGGUGGCAAAAGCUUAUUGGUUACGGAUGUUUUCAUAGUGAUUGUUGAUUUUCUUGCAAUGGAUGGGUUGCUAGCCCAUUGCAAAGCAUGAUACAAAAAGUUGCCUCGUACGACACGCUUGCUUGGCACUGACUUAUUCUACUCCUAUAUUAGGUCUCGUCAGUUCCAUGCGGGAACACUUUAUUGCAUGUUCCACCUAUAAUAACAUCAAUAAAUACCCAUUUUCUAAAAUGCCUGAAAAAUUAACUAUAAUAAUUAACCUCCCAAUAAAAUAUAAAUUUACAACAUUCCAUUGGCGGUUUAAUAUUAAAAAGAAAAGUUAAGUCUAGCAACAAGACAAAACAAAAUGGAGAGAAUCCAACUGAGAAACUCAAAGUGGCACGCGGAUCCAACAUUAGCCCAAUUUAGUAUUACAGACCUGUUUACUCUUACCAUUUUGGCGUACAAUGUACGAUUUUGAGAUGUAAACAUUAUAUAUACUGUAUGAUUAUUUUUUUCUAUUAAGUUAAUGCAUUGAACGAUUUUGUGAUGAUAUUGUACGAUUUUAAGAGUUUGAGGGUAAACAGGUCUGGUAUUAGUAUUACCUUUUGAGCCUUAUGGCAAUGGUCUGAUAUUUCAUCACUUCUCAUCAAACACUGAUUAAAUAGACUCAUCAAGAAAGCUAGUAAUUAUGCUCAAACAUAACUGCCUUUGUUUGAAAAAGUAUUUGAAGCACUUAGCAUUAGUAAAACUAAAAACAUUUUGGCCGAUACUACUGAUAGAUCCCACCCUCUUCAUCACAGAAUGAGAUAUACCUAAGAUAAGCUCCAUCAGGGCCAAUUCUUUCAUUCAAAGUAAGGACAGAAAGAUAUAAAAAUUGAUUUAUUCCCCAAUCUAUUAGAAUUUACCAUUGUACUCCCCCAGUUGUUGAAAAAAAUAAUAAUCUAAAUAAUCUCUCUUAAAAUCAACAUUGUCACAAAUUAACUGAAGUUCCAUGGUCCAUGGCAUGUGACAUAUGAUUUUUUUUUUGCUCUUGAGAAAUAUUUUUAGAUGCCUUGUGUUAAAUUGUUCUAGUUUUGAAAAAUUUGUCUUUGUAAGAAUAUUCAUGUUGUGCUUGGUGGCCGAUUGGUCUAAAAGAACCCCCUGCAUGGGACUCAUUAGCCUUGUACAGUAACUCAUCUAAGAGAAGGCAAACUCUGAAUUCAAAUCAGGAGCCAAAAUGAUCAAUAAAUUGAUCAUGGGCCCUCAAAUAUAAAAAAAAAUUGUAUGUCUGGAGAAUGAAUAUGUAGAUAAAACAUUCCCAUUUAUUUGGAUCAAUAAAAGCAUGUUAUCGUAUAAAGCACUUCUCUAGUGAAAAAUGUAGCAUAGAAAUGUGCUUGUAAUUUUAAGUCAGUCAUUAAGUGCUUUCCUCAAAACUUCAAUUCAAAUCAAUAAAUUUUCAGCAAACAUUGCACUGACUGGUCAUAGAUUAGCAUAAGCUGGUUUCUUGUGGCUAUAAUAAAUAUAUCAGAUGCACCAUUUUUUUCAACAAAAAAUAAGUGUUGGACUGUGAUAAAGCUUUUAAGUAGCUUAAUUAGACACUAAAAAUGUGCGUAAAUAAAACAAUUUAUGUUCAGCUUUAAUGAUGAUUAUACAAAAUACAAAUGUAGAAGUUUCGGCAAAUGCCUUCAUCAGUACAAAAACAAACAUUCAUAUAAUUUAAAUUAAAUUUACAUAGUACAUAUAUAAAUAUACAUGUAUCCUAAAUAAAAAAAGAGAAAAAGAAUGAGAGUGGGUGCCCAAAUAUUGUUUUAUUUACACAAAUUGUUUGUGUCUAAUUAAUCAUCUUGCAAAAAAAAGCAGCACAGUACAGUCUAUUGUAUUUUUCUUGUUGUCUUACUUACUUCUGAUUGUAGUCAUUCAAAGCAAAUCAGUUUGUUGUUUCGUAUGUGUGCUUGUACUUGUAUCGGGAACUCGUUGCAGGAAGGUACAUUUGACCAUAUGCCAUACAGUUGGCAAAACAUCAGAUUUUCCCUCAAUUUUUUAAAAUAUUUAACACUUUAUGUCCACUGCUGGCUGGCUGAAAGUUGCUGGGCCUGUUGCAGGGGUGUUUUGCAAUCUGAGUUUUUCAUCUCUUUUAUAUGCCAUGCCUGCCUUAUUUGUAAAUGCUAUAAAUUAUACUUAUCUUUAAAUAUUUCAUAGGGCUGAAUGUGAGAAGCAAGUGAAGGGAUUUUCAAAACCUGCUUUUAAAAAAUUCUCAAAUUAUGAAGCAUCUCUUGCCUUUAUCAAUGGUAAUUUUUACAUUUUUAAUUUUUAGCUUUUUUCUUCGACUUCUAGACUUGAGAUUUCGUUUUUUCUUUAUAUAUUUUUGUGUCCAGAAAAAUUGUAGAUUCAAAUCAACCAGGAAGUAUCAGUAACUAGCUUUUUUUCCUUGUGAUUCAAUGAUUCAUGAAACUGUUAGUUAAUUUAAUAUAAACAUUUGUCAAUUUGAUUACUCCACAGAACAUUCAAUAGAAUAAGUUUUAUUUGCAAACUUCUUGUUAAAUAUGUGCUACUACAUUUUUUUUUAGUGGGGUGGGAUGUGUUGAAUCAAAAAAUUUUCUGUGUACUGUUGGGAAAAAAAUGAGCACCACCACAAAUACAUAAGUUUUCUUUUGACAUCUACAUAUUUGCCCUUACCAAAAAAUUUGGCUGACACUUAUUAGUAUUUUUUAAAUUUUAAGUAGUCUUUCAACUAUCCUUCAACUCCUGCAAUUAAUUAUGCAAUUAAAGGGAUAUUGUAAUAUAGGAAUAUUUAAAAAUUAAAAUAGACUGCUGUUAUCGACUUUUUUUUCUUUAAAUAGAUUUUAGGACAUCAGAGCGCUUUGAGCAUGCUAAAAUAGUAUGGAUACAAGCGCUAUAAAAGUACUCAAUCAUCAUCUGACUAAAACUAAAAGAACUCCUUGAGUUUAAAAAUAUAUUUUUUCCUCUAAAUUCUAUGUUAAAUUUAGAAUAAAAUAAAUUUGUAAAAUAUAUUUAAAAAAGGAGAAAUCUCAUUUUAAUCCUUACUUAAAACUUUUUCUGCUUUUACAUCAUCUUCACCAAAAACAAAUGUUUUAAAAAAUUAACACAACUCAUCUUUUUAAAAACAUAAUACAUUUUUGUUUACAGUUUUAGGUUAAUUUAUUAUUAGUGUUCAUUUGGCAGACUUGUUUGAUUUCUCACAAAGCCACAUGCAAGUACUGGGGAAAUUGGUAGUAACUUGCAAGAUUAAUUUUUAUAUUUUCUUCAGUAAAGUAUAUUUUUCAUAUUUAAUUUUAGCUCCUGGCACUGGCUCAAAACGUCCAUACUGCUCAAGCUCUGGUCAGGAUUUAGAGAACACGCAAAGCAAAUUUCCCAAAUUUGAUCAUGAAGUUGAUAAUUUCACAGGUAUUAAUGAAUAUCAUGUACAAAUCAUGAUUUUAUUAUGAAACAAGUAUUUUGAGAUUAUUUUUUUUUUUUUAAAUAAAAACUAUCAAAAACUAAUUUUUAACAAAGAUUUAGUUGUUAAAAUUAAAAGAUUAAAACUAAACUUUGAAACCAAUUUUUAUGUGUUAAUUGGCUAGGGCAAAGUGUGUUUAUACAAGGAUAUUGUCAAAUUGAAAGCUUCACCUCUGCAUUGCUUGUCUUGCAUCACUUUGAAUGACAGUUAUGUUAUGAAUGUAUAGCUUAUGUUUGGCUAUUAUAUUUGGAAAGUGUUCUUUUUAAUCAAAUUUAUUAUUGGGAUGGCCCUGUAUUUGUUUUAAGCUCUUUGUUAUCUUACUUUGUUUUAUCUUGUGCCCUCUCACUUAAAAAUUAAAAUUUAUUCAUCAUUGGGUUUUUUUUAUAUACUUCAAUACAACUUGACUCAGAUCAGUUGUCACCAAUUCAUGUUAUUAUUAUUCUUAUCAUUUCCACAAAAACUCAAAUUAUGUGGGGUUUUCUCUGCAUUCUUUCUGUUUUUUAAGUAUUAUCUCUUUUGUUUUGUUUUUUAAUCCAGGCACAAAAUUUUCUGAAAAAGAAGGAACUCAUGUUUAUACAGAUGGUGGCUGUUUUCAAAAUGGAAGACAUGGCGCUAGAGCUGGAUUGGGUGUUUACUGGGCACCCAAUGAUCCAAAGUAAGAAAUCAUUUUGAGUCAUCUGUAAGGCAAGGGUUUAACUAGUAUAUUUGUGUCCUCCUUUGAAAGCAUAAUGUUUAAUUUUGAGCUGUGAAGUUUUAGUUUUAUUUUUUUGUAAAUAUUUUUUUCAAAAUUAUGACUGUUCCUCAAAUACAUUGGCAUUUAUCUUUCUGCUGCAAAUAAUUAAAAUUAGAAAUGAAUUAACUAUUUAAUUUUCACUGAAACUUUUUUUUUUUUAAUAAAUUGGCAGUUAAUAAAACUGAAGGGUUCUUGUUAAGUAUAAGACACAAAAAUCCUUGUGACUCAAAAUGUGCCUGAACUUAUAAAUAAAAUGAGUAUGUCUAACAUUAAAUACCUUACUUUUCGUUUGCCAUUAGGGCAUUAAUGCAUAGGAUGUUUUGAUAUGCUUAUUAACAAGAUUUCCCGUCUGAUUUCUUUUCUUAUUAAAAACCAAUUUUAGUAACAUCAGUGAAAAACUAUCAGGGAGGCAGACAAAUAAUAGAGCAGAAAUAUAUGUAAGUUUUAUUUGAUUUUAAAUGUUUUUCCAAUACGGUUCUGCUUUGGCCAUGUUAAUAAAAUAUCCUCAAAGACUGUUUACUAUAAAAUCCUAGUGAACUUAUUCCUUACAAAUAUUUAAGUUUGUACGUUACCUAUUUAGUCAUUUCAUAUUAAUUAAGGGCAUUCUUCCAUAUAUUCCCAGGCAGCUGUUCGUGCAGUGCAAGUAGCCAAAAAGAAAGGAAUUCAAAAUCUCAUUCUUCAUACAGACAGUCAGUUCCUUAUCAAUAGUAAGUGACUGAGUCCUAGUGCUAGUGUUAACAAUCAUUUUUUUUUAAAAUUUGAUCUAUAGCAGGCCUGUACAACUCAAAAUGUGAGGUGGGCCAUAAUACUUCAUGAAAAACUUAUGCUGGCCUAAACAAAAUAGGAACGCAAAUGGGUGGAGUGGGGGGGGGGGGGGCUAUAAAAAACAAAAAAAUAAAAAAGAAUUUUUCUUUACUUACGAAGAAAAUUNAAACAUGAGCGUGGCUUGCAAUGAUCAACACAAACAUGAGCGUGGCUUGCAAUGAUCAACACAAACAUGAGCGUGGCUUGCAAUGAUCAACACAAACAUGAGCGUGGCUUGCAAUGAUCAACACAAACAUGAGCGUGGCUUGCAAUGAUCAACACAAACAUGAGCGUGGCUUGCAAUGAUCAACACAAACAUGAGCGUGGCUUGCAAUGAUCAACACAAACAUGAGCGUGGCUUGCAAUGAUCAACACAAACAUGAGCGUGGCUUGCAAUGAUCAACACAAACAUGAGCGUGGCUUGCAAUGAUCAACACAAACAUGAGCGUGGCUUGCAAUGAUCAACACAAACAUGAGUGUGGCUUGCAAUGAUCAACACAAACAUGAGCGUGGCUUGCAUUAAUUUUCAGUAUUGAAAUUGUCCAUUCACAUAGAUAAGUGGUUCCAAACACACUACUAGUUGUUAGUGCACCUUCGUAAAGAUUUGGGUACUUCUCAGAUUUUGAUGAAACUCCUGCAGGCUGCUCUCUCUGUGCUUGCUUCGGUAAAUUUCCGAACAUUGUAGUUUGAUAAGCUCCAUCUGCAAUUAAACUGGUAUGUUUUCCGGAAAUUGAUCUUCAAUUAGUUCAAACUAAAGUUACUCUUCUUUAGAAAGAGUGAGCCUUUGAAUAAAUUCUUCCAUCAAAAUAUUAAUUUCAUUAGCAAAUUGUUUUCCCAACUCGACGUGGUUGUCCUGAGGAAAAUGCUUUUUAAAAGUGGCUCAUUUCAGCAUUUAGUAACUGGGUUUUGAAAAGUUUCUUAUUCAGUUUAAAAGCGUUUAAUGCUGCAAACAUACAAAAUACAAGUUGUUGCUUACCUUAAAGUUGAAUGUUAAGGUCAUUUAGAUGUUUUUCUUUUAUAUCACAAUGGAAGAAGAGGUCAUGAUACCAGGAGUCAUCUUCAAACACAGGGAAUUCCUUUGCUUCAUCUUCUGAUAUUCCUUUCUUCAAAGCAACGAAUCGCUGAAGCACUUUCCCUCGGCUUAACCAUCUGACUUCUGCAUGGUAUAUACCGUCUCUGUAGUCGGCGUCUAUAUCUUCAAGAAAAGUCCUCUUGAUCUUAUGUGGUUGACUCUUUUGACAACAACCGACAUAACAUGUUCUAAAUUUAACACUUGGCUACACAACGCCUGCGCGUGUAUAAUGCAAUGAUAUUUUGUUAUUUGCCUUCCAAUAAAAUUUUCAAGAAUCGCAACUGCGCCCUUAUUAAUACCUGUCAUAUUCAGGGCACCAUCGUACAAAUGGCCACUAAUUUUAUAAAAUCUUAUCCCAUCUUAUCUUUCAAGCACUUUAUCACUUCAUUGAGGAUAUCUUUUCCGGUUGUGCGACCUGACAUGGAACCCAUUCCUGCUAGUUCUUCGGUAAUUUCACAGUUUUUGUCAACACCUCUAAUGAAAAUGAGAAGUCAGGCAGUGUCUUUUAAAUCUGUGUUUUCACCCAUAGCUAGAGAAUAAAAAAGAAUAUUCACAAGUUUUAUGUUUUACUGUUCUUGAAGAUUGGUGGAAAUACAGGGUUUUUUUUCUGUGCAGUGUCAUUCACCAUAAACUGAUGUUUUGAAAUAACACUGGUUUUUACGGACUUAAUUCAGACCUUGCAAUCAGCAUGCACUUCUUUACAAAGGAUUUCCCAGCAGUAGCAAUUUCCCUUGAAAUACAAAAGCUAAUCUUGGUAGCAGUCUCAUUGUCACUGUUCUUUUUCUUGAAAAAUAUCUGCUCUCCAGUAAGAGUUUUCGAUAGAUUCGCUGCUUUAAUGGAUUUUUCAUUUUGGUCCCAUUUUGACAAAUUAGGACGUUUAGAUUCAAAAUGCCGGCAAAGAUAAAACUCUUUCGGUUAGGCAACUGUGUCAGGACAUACAAGGCACAGUAUUUUUUCCUUGAACACUGUAAAUAAGUAUUUACUUGUCCAUUUAGAAUUAAAAAUUAUGUGCUUCAUCUCUAGUUCUCUCUUUCUGUUUUGAUUCAUGGUGCUUAAAUAUAUCAAGUACACGUCUAUAAGUAUAGUACCGAACUAAAUCCACAGAAUAUCAAAAAACGGGAUACGUGAGUUCAACACAACACAAUUCUAGACAAUAUUACAAAAAUAAUAAAAUGCUACUCUCCACAGAAGACACUAGUUUUGAACACACUUACGCUACCGAGACAAAGAGUAAUUGUUCAGGAAAAAUGUGCGUGCAUGAUUAAAUUUCAUCACCAGGAAAGCUAACAUGUAGUAAAAUAUUGACGCAACGAUAAAAGAUUAGUAGACCUAAUUUAAUUGGAUUUAAAUAAAACAAAACAUUCCUUUCAAGUAUAAGUGGGGAUUAUUAUAGUAUUAUACGGUAUAAAUAUAUAUCUAUCGUAAUAUUAUAUAUCAAUAUACUAGGGAAUAUUAAUAUUAAUUUAUGAUAUUAUGAUUUUUUCACCAAAGUCUUCACGGGCCACAAAGUGGGUGCGCGCGGACCGUAUGUUGUGCAGGCCUGACCUAUAGUCUUCAUUCAUGAAGCAGAUUUUAAAUGAUUUGUGUUACAUUUUUUUUUUUCUCCAACUAAAUAACAUCAGUAAUUAACUCUCUUAGGCAUUACAAAGUGGAUCAAAGGGUGGAAGAAAAAGGGCUGGACAAAAGCAACAGGUAGUCCUGUGACAAACCGAGAUGACUUUGAAGCACUUGACAAGGAACUAAAUGGAGUUAAUGUGAAAUGGGUAUGUUGGCUAGCAUUUUCAACCUCUCAGCAUUGCAGAUGCUAGUUAUGGCAACCACAAUGAGUUUUAUUAGUCAUAAAAGCAGUUAACACAAUGUCUUUAAAUUAAUCAAGUGGUUUAUUCUUUAAAUACACUUUGGACUUUCUACAGUGACUGCUAAUGUCACUGUAGAAAGUCCAUUAACAGUUUUUCCCAGUAUAGUAGACCUCUAAAUAUUAUUUAUUAGACUACGUAAAUUCAAGUAGUAACAAACUACAAACAAAGCCAAAAACAAAAUAUGACACAAAUCUGAUCUGACAUUAUGUAACGUAAAUUGCUUAUUUCCAAUGAGACAAGUUUAUGGUCAUGAGGAGAGAAUUUGUUGGUCAGUAAAUUGUUCCAUAUAGGUCAGCAUGUUGGGGGUGGGGGGCCUCUCAAUACAGAAUCACUACAAUUUGCUUGGCAAUGCUUACCAAUUAUGCUAUGAUAAGUUGUUUACUUUCAUAAUAAUACUUAUCAUAAAUCUCAGACACAAACAAUUUUACCUUGUUCCAUCUAAGAUUGAUCAAAUAACUUUUGUUAAAAAUCAGCAUUUUUUAAAAAUUUGACAUCAAUGUUAUUUUCUAUGAUUUUUUUAAUCACAUAAUAGAACAUUUUAAAGGUGAAUUUUUUUUUAAAAUAGAUCUUCAUUUUAUUCAUUCUUAUCAUUUAAAAUAAAAAAUUAAUUAACCUGAUAAAUUGGAGUUGAAAUUAAAGUAAAAGUUUUGUUUUAACUCUCUGCAGUCCGACUAUAGAGAAAUGGUACUUAUAUGUACCAUAGAUUUUGUGGGUGGGUUAUUUAUUUUUUAACUUUUUUUUUAAUUGAAAAAAAUUAUUUAUUAUAUUUUAAUAAUUUGUUUCAUUGGUUUAAGUAUUUAUAAAAAAAUUAAAAUUAUUACAAAAUUUGAAAUUACUAUUUAAAAAAAAUAUUUUUGGAAACUUAUUCAGCGCGGAGUAUCCCUUGAAAGCUUCGCAGAUUUCCAAAAAAACAAAAAAUAUAAGUCUCACAAAAAAAAUUAAAUAGUAGUAUGAAUAUUGUCAAAUGAUUUUAAUUUCCCGAUUUAUCAAGGAGUUAUUUGUUUGUCUAAAGCAAUGUAUCCAAAUGGAGACUCUAAUCAUGAAAUUUAUCACGAUUUGCAUAUAAAAGUACCGACUAAUGCUAUCGUAAACAAGUAAGCUUAAUUUUAAUUAUUAUUUCCCGACUUUAAAAUUAAUAAUAAAACAAUAAAGUGAUAAUUUUAUAAUUUUAAUUGGCUGAAGUAUAUAUUAUCCAUUUAUACUUACAUUGAUAUAUUCUAUUUGAAUUAUAUUGAGUUUCAAUAAUUAUAUAAUAAAUAAAUAGCGUCGCUAUGCGAAAUAAAUAUUUUAAAAAAAUAGCGGAAAAUUUCGGUCGAUUGGAACUUGCGUAAUUAAAUAAAUUUAAAGUUAAGGACUUCUGAGUUAUUAACUAAAUAUAUUUCUUUAAAAUAUGUUACAGCCAAGAAUAAUCUUCUAAAUUUUCUAAUAUUGCAUAGUAGAAAUGUGUUUAAAUUUAAUUAUCAUUAUCGCUAGUCACUAGUAUUAGUAGAGACUACUGUCGGCAGAAUAAAAAAAAAAACAUUUAUGUUUUUAUUAAAAGCUCUCUAACUCUAUUGGGAAGGAGGAGAGAGAGACAAAAAUGCAGAUAUUGGAUCAAGAAGCCCUUAUUCCUUAUUGAUCCUAAAUAUUAAGCCUGGACUCCACCCUUUUACUGAGUUACAGAGUUACUGGAUGAAUAUCUUUGAAGAUUUUACCCUAAAAACAAGUGGUGGUAAGUUUUAAUCUAAUCACUUGGUAGCAAAAUGCAUAAAGAAUAAACUCACAAUAUUGUUAUAACAUAUGUUAUAAUGUAUUUUCUAUGUACAAUGGUUUACUUUUAUACUAAUUUAGGCACUUGGACUAGGAUUAAUGGUAUUUUCCCUUACUGAUAGCAUACCAUUACUGAUACCAUUAGUGUUAAUUUAUUUAUGAAUCAAUCAAAUUUUUUUUUUCCACAGGUUCUUUAUUGAGUGAAUAUUCUGUGGUGAAAAAUCUUACCUAAUCUUAUGUAGAAAUCAAGUCCAGGACAAGCUCUUAUUUAUCAAAUAUAAUUAUUAUAAUAAAACUGCAGACUGUUUUAAGAAAUAAUAUUUGUUCAGAGUCCAUAAAUAUAAUUAAGGAAUACUGUACUGUAGUUUAUCAGCCUGUGUUAUGUGAGGAUUAUAACACAGAUAUAUAAAAAUGCCGGUACAUGGGAAAAAAUAGAUCACAUUAGUGAGGAAUGGAUCGUAUUUGACAUUAAUAUCAAAAUUAGCAUUAUUGUACUGAUACAUUUUAAUUUUUUUUAACUUUAACAUCAGCGAAUACCGCUAUUUUAAAAUUAAUAAAAAAAAAAUUGACUCUUGUUUUGAGUUAUUUAUAUAUUCAUCAAAUUUUACUUAGUCAUCUUUUACUCAAGAAUUAUUAAGAAAUAUAUUUAAUAUACAAAUCUAUAAGCUAUGAGACCCAUUUUUUAAAAUAUAUUACAUACAAAACAUAAUUUUCAUUAAAAGAAAAAUUAUAGUGCAUUUUUUAGGAAAAAAAGACAAAAUAUAGGUUUUGCUAAAAUGUUGACAACUUUUUGAUUGUUCAAAGAAUUUUUGUCAUGUUUGACUAUGAAUUGUAUAAGUUGAUGAAGUAUUUUAUUUAAAUAAAUUUUAAAUCUUUUAUAACAAGGAUUUUUUUUUUCCUUCAUACUGUGUAAAGAUUUUGUCAAAUUUUUGCAUAAAAUGAAAAAAAAUAAUUCUCCAAUAAUGUUUCAACUAUUUUUAUAACUAAGAAAAUAAAAUAUACAAAAAAUAUCUAAUGAUAGCUGAGUCAAAGAUGAACAAGUUAAUAUAUUUAACUGAUCAGAUCAGAGCUAUUUCAGAUCAGUUAAUUAAUUAUUUUAAAAAAUCACAUUAGGAUUUUUAAGAAAUGUGAAAAAAACGUCAGACUGCAGAGAGUUAAAUAAGUUCUAUAAAAAAAUAUAUAUAUAUAUUAAGAUAUGCUUUGAAAAUAACCUAACACAUGACUCGUAUUUUUAAUGUUUAAAAAGUUCAAUCUUGAAACUGACAAAUCUAAUUUUUUACUGAAUGAAAACGUUGUCCAGAUAAAAUCAAAAUACCUCAAUCUCAUUAUAAAAAGAAGAGCUUUCCAUUUUUACUUUUACAUUUAAUUAUAGAUAUAUUCUAGUACUUGAAUUAGUCAAUAAAAAGUUCGUCAUGGAUUUGUUUUAAUGUGAUUUUUUUGAAGAAAAAAAUUAAAUACUGAAUUAUAAAUCACAAAUUGGCUUUUUCAGGUCUAUGUGAAAGGUCACUGUGGAGAUGUGGCAAAUGAGUGUGCUGAUAGACUAGCCAAGCAAGGGGCAGAGAAGCCAGAUUGUACAGACAAGCAGGAGUAGGAGAUUCACAACUUUUUUUUUUAAUACAAACUAUUUUCUAUUUUUUGUUUUCUUAAAUGAAAAUCAAUAAACAUGACCAUUGCUGUCACAGGAAAACCUGUACAUAGAGAUGCCAGGAUUAAAUGGGAUAAUACCCGGUAAUAGAAUUAGUAAUGAUGAGAAAAAAUUUAAUAUUUAAGACUGUUAAUUUUAAUGAUGGGAAUAAGUGUGUGGAUUUUUUUUCUUUGUGCCAUGUGUGCUCAUUCACUUGAUGUUAUAAUCAAGUUAUAGUAUGUUUAUAUUGUUGAGCUCCUAUAAUCCAUUUCAAAGUUAGGCUCAUUAGUAUGCUUGGACUAAGUGUAAAAAGCCUGUUUUAAGAAUAUUACUUUGGGCAACACUAACAGUUAACUUAAUUCCCUGAUUAACUUUAUUAUAUCUUAGUUCUGCACAAAUGGAUGCAUUGAUUAAAACCAUUAAUGUCGUCAUGUAACUUAUAUUUAUAAAUUUUUUUGUGAUGGAUAUGUCUGGAAAAGCUAAGCUCUACACUGCCAUCAAUUAAAUAUUUUUGUAAUGAAAAGGGACUUUGUUUGUUGUUUUCCAUUUUGCUGACUUGCGAAAGUGGAAAGGUGUAU